UUCGAGGCGCGUGAGGAGGGAGGCGGGGCCGCCGCGACCAAUAGGCGCCGAGAGCGCCCUUCUGACGGAGUGGGCGGUGGUGCGUGCGCUGCCGUAAAGUGGGCGCCGGCGCGAAGGAAUUGUCAGCGGCGCCGGUAGCGUCGGUGCAGGAGGCGGGUGGGCUGGGCGUUCCUGCCGCCGAGGGCCGCCAUGGCGGGGUCGGUGGUCCGCAAGGCCGUGGACUAUUUGCGCAGCAAGGAUUUCAGGGACUACUUGAUGAGUACGCACUUUUGGGGUCCAGUUGCCAACUGGGGACUUCCUAUUGCUGCUUUUAAUGACAUGAAGAAAUCUCCAGAAAUUAUUAGUGGCCGAAUGACAUUUGCACUGUGUUGUUACUCCUUGACUUUCAUGAGAUUUGCCUACAAAGUGCAGCCAAGGAACUGGCUACUUUUUGCAUGCCAUUUCACUAAUGAAAUUGCACAGCUUGGUCAAGGAGCACGACUGAUCAAACACAGGAUGGAGAAAAAUAAAUAAAUAUCUAACUCGAAAUAAGCCAGGGAAUGUGUUCAUCCCAAGUGACAACCAAGGAAGACUUGCCAUCUACAGAUAAAACAUUUAAAGACCUGUUAUGAAUAUAACCCCAUCAAGAAUCCUCCUACUAAUUUUUUAUCUUGCCUUUUGAAAAGUACUAUUCGGCAAUGUAUUUAAAGACUUGCUGCCUUACAGGUCCUUAGUAACUACUGUUUUUAUAAAGAGUUAGUCAUACAAAUAACAAGCAAUAUUUGAAAGCAAACUUCUUUUUAAUCUAACAGUCUAAAAGUGGCCCAUGAUGGUUUGACAAAACUUAUUUUCAGAUCAACAUGAAUAGAGGCCAGUAAGCAGAACUGUAGUUGGUAUCAUUGUUCUAUGUAUUAACAUUCUUAAAAGCCAUUUAACCAGGGUGCAUUUGUUCCUAUUCUGCCUCCUUUUUAACUCAAGCAGUGACUUGCUAACCUACAGGAACAACUGUGUAGAUAGGCAGGCUGGAAGUGAUCAGCUUUCCCUCUUCCCUUAUUGCAUGCCUUGUCUCAACAAGGAGACUUCAUUAAUAUAACUUUUUGAGUCACACAUUAUUUAAAGAAGACUUGGAAAAACAAAAUCAUAGCAUCGAUUGAAGGAAGACAAUGAGGUCUAAUACUGUUCUUUAAGAAGUUCUAAAUGGAUUUUACUUUUUUUUUUUCCUAUUGGUUGAGUUGUUCCAGGUGUAUGUAAUCCUUAUACAGGCAAAAACUUGACUUGUCUGGAGCCUAACAUCUGAAGGACACAAGGUGCCUUUCAGUAGUUUUUGACUUCAUUGGGAGAGUGGUUUUCCUGCAUGACCUGCCUGAAAAUUACAUUGAUGUAAAGAUACAGAUGACAAAGAAUGUAUGUGAUGGAUUUUCAGUGCAGUGUUUUUGAACAAUAAACAUGUCCCAAAUGGCAAAUCCCUUCAA